AUGGAGCCGGGUGGCGGCGGUGAAGCCUAUCUACUGUAUCGUGAAACAGCAGCCCUGCAGGAAAUCACAGAGCAGACAGAAACAGUCCUUAUGGUGCACUUGGAACCAGCUCUCGACCUUCCUCCUCUUCCUCCUCCUCCAGAGGAUGAACGGGGCCCAAUUCCUGAAAGCACCAAUGUGAAUGCUUCUUCUUUUUCCUUUUCUCUAUAUGGAAUAAUUCCUGUGACACUGGGUGUCUUCAGCCUGUUGCUCUUAAUGUUGUGUGGAUUCUUUGCUUAUCAGUAUUUUCAAAGUGUUCAGGCAUCAGAGAACAAGAUGAAGAGCUUUAACCAAUUGACUGAGUCUUUCCAAAACAAAGCAGAAAAAUUUCUUCUGGUCCAAAAAACUCUUGACCAAAAUAAAGAAACCCUAGAGUGGCUCCGAAAGCAGAAUGUGUACCUCAUGGAGGAUCUACAAGAACUAAAGGCCAGACAAGGUAAUUUUGUAAACAGACAUGGAAGUCCUCUGAACCACUGGGUACAGUAUGAAAACCACAGCUACCACCAAACCAUGGAAGUGUUUUCUUGGUUAAACUGUUCUCAUCUUUGUGUCUCUUUGAAUGCUACAUUUUUAAAGACAGAAAGGAGCAUAUUGAUAAUAAAGUUGAAGUUACUUUUAGUAAGUCAUACCUGGAUUGGCAUAUCUUAUAAGGAAGAGGACAACGCAUGGCAGUGGGAAGAUGGUUCCUCUGAUUCUCCUGGCCCGUAA